AUGGCGUUUCUGAGGAGUGUGUCGCGACGAUGCUGCGCCGGCAAGAAGCUGACCAAGUGCGGCGCGCCGCCGUUCGCCGUAGUCGGCCUCCUGGAGAACGCCAUCGCCACCGCAACGACGACGACGACGACAACGGCGGUGGCGGCGGUUACCAGGGCACCGUCGUCGUUGAACAGGCUGGUUGCACAGGUGCGUGGCUAUGCCGCCGUCACUUCCUCCUCCGCCGCCGCUGCCACUGACGUCAAGAAGCAGCAACAGCAAUCGGCGCCACGGCAGAUCGACCCGCUCGAUUUGAAGUUUAACGACCCGAUCGCCUCGUUCAAGAGCAAGACCACCAUGGAGCUGAUGCGCGCCUACGUCGUCUAUCAGAUGUGCUCGAUCGAGUACAUCGUGGAGCACAACAUGAAGUUCAUGAAACUAGCGAAGGCAAUACUGGGCGAAACGAUGUUCACGAAGCUCAUGAAGGCGACAUUUUACGGUCACUUCGUCGCCGGCGAAGACGAGGUGCAGAUCACUCCUGUCUUGGAGAGACUGCGGCAAUUUGGUGUUAAACCGAUCCUUGAUUAUUCCGUCGAAGAAGACAUCUCGCAGGAGGAGGCUGAACGGCGCGAAAUCCAAGCCUCAGUGUCGGAAGCUGGUGACGAGAAGAGGGAAGGCCCGCUGAAAAAGUAUCACGUGGAAAAGUCGUUCGCCGAUCGGCGAUACAAGGUGUCGUCGGCCAGAACAUAUUUCUACCUGAACGAAGCGUCAUGCGAGCGAAACAUGGACAUAUUUAUCAGGUGUCUGGAGGCUGUGUCGAGUGCUUCGAUGGGAAUGGGCAUCACAGCCGUCAAAUUAACGGCUCUCGGUCGGCCGCAGCUUCUGCUACAAUUGUCAGAAGUAAUCAUGCGUGCACGGCAGUAUACGUCGGAUGUUAUCGGUGGCGAGGGUGCCGUUCUGGCCCAUCACGCGAAGCCUGAUGAUUUUAGGAAAAAGUUCGAGGAGGCACGCAUUAAAGACGAGGCGUCGGUGCAAAAGUUCCUUCAAAAAAUUCAGUCGGAUAAGGAAGGUGUGAUUCAUCUAUUUCCGUGGAGCGGUAUUCUAGACGAAAAUUACGAAUUGAGCGAAACGUUCCAAGUACCUGAUAUUAAAACGGGCAAAAUGGUUAGGCUAAUGUCGCAGCUCACAUCCAAGGAAGAAGAAAUGUUCAGGAAUAUGAUCAGGCGUCUAAACAAUAUCGUCUCGGUAGCCGACAGCUUGGACGUUCGUAUCAUGAUAGAUGCGGAACAGACGUACUUCCAACCGGCCAUCUCCCGCUUGACAUUGGAAAUGAUGCGCAAGUACAAUACGAAAAAGGCUGUGGUAUUCAACACUUACCAGACGUAUCUACAAGACGCGUUUAACGAGGUGAAAACGGAUCUCGAACAGUCGGAACGCCAAAACUUUUAUUUUGGUGCUAAACUCGUUCGCGGCGCGUACAUUGAGCAGGAAAGGGCAAGGGCGGCAGCUAUGGGUUACCCGGACCCCACGAAUCCAACAUACGAGGCGACAACCGAAUCCUAUCAUAAGACACUCAUGGAGUGCUUGAGGCGGAUGAAACAGUACAAGGACAAGGGAGAAGAUCCCAAGAAAAUAGGAAUUAUGGUUGCCUCGCACAAUGAAGACACUGUGCGUUUCGCGAUCGAAAAAAUGAAAGAAAUCGGGAUUUCGCCGGAAGAUAAAGUCAUAUGUUUUGGUCAAUUAUUAGGAAUGUGCGACUACAUAACAUUUCCAUUAGGUCAAUCCGGUUACUCCGCAUAUAAGUACAUCCCGUACGGACCGGUUAAGGAAGUACUACCGUACUUGUCACGGCGCGCGCAAGAGAACCGGGGCAUACUUACAAAGAUCAAGAAGGAGAAACGGCUGUUAUUGAAUGAAAUCACGAGACGUAUAGUGCGCGGCAAGAUCUUUUACAAACCUAAGGGCAAUUACACUCCGGUUUGAACAGUCGAUCCGUUUAGUUGCACACAGACAGAAUUUUAAGUAUCAAAUUUAAGUAGUGAUUGUAAAUUAUCGAGAACUCUCCUGAAAAAAACUUGAUACGGGCACUUCGAAUUGAAGUAACUGAAGUAACUUGACGGACCUGUUACUGUGGUAUUCGAAAGAGAGAGGAGCGUCAUGCGCGCACGAGUGUACACGAGACUUAAGGGUAUACGCAGUGCUAUCUAUUACGUAAAAAUCGCCUUAGUAUUGUAUUGUCAAAUUUACCGCAGCUCAAAUCCGUUGAGUAAAGCUACAGUAUGUAUCCAUUGCUCGUUUCGUUCAUCGUUAUUAAAGAGGAUGUCAGUGAUUGUGCUAUAAUCUAGUUUCAUAACAUGAUGUUUUCACAGAAAUCGAGCAAAAAACCAACCUAUUUUCAUGGCUACAAAAUUAACAAUAAUUUUUUUAAAGAUAGUUUGCAUAUUUUCUGUGAAUUGAUUAGAUUGAUCGGCAGCUUUUUCGCAAUGAAAUGCAAUGAUGAUAACGAUUGGGAGAAACUUUACUUGGUUGGUUUUUUAUUUUAACACAUUUGCGUUUUUUUCAAGUUUUAUAAUUUUUUUAAGAAUCUCGUCGAAUAUUUUUUCAUGUGUACAUAAUAUACGCGUGCAUCAAUUAUUUAUGAUUCGUGUUUACCUAAAUGUCUUAUCGUCCAUAAUAUCUAUAACAUUAAAAAAGGAAUAAGGAGGGAUAAAAAGAAGCACAAAGGUUAUUUCGCAAAUCCGGAUAUAUGAUUCGUCAUCAUUUUAUUUACAUGAACAUAGAACAUGAAUCGCUUACAACAUUCGCGAUGCAUACAAUUAUCAAGAAAAAUGGAUAGCAACUGCAUCGCGAGCGCUUAAGCAUAUAACGUCGCCGAUGAGCGUUUUAAUGCGAUCUGUGAAACAGUGAAGGAAAUAUCAUUGUCUAAGUAAAGGAGAAGAGACAACAAAUAACACGCGUAUUAAGAAAAGAUAGUUUUUAGCAGUGCGACGAUAUAACAGGGUGAAAAUAAAUAAGAUUCAGGAGUAUCUUAGCGAGAGACGUGCGAAUUUUCAAAUGCUCUUGGGUAACAGGAGAAAGAAAGAAAAGGAGACAGAGUCGUUCUUCGUAGUGCACGCGUGUCGAAUCGCGAUGCAAAAGUGAUUUUGGGCUAGUACAAUGUUAAUGAAAGUUGGAGAGAUGUGAGAAACGCGAUAUUUCUUUUGUGAUACGUUAAUAGCCGUAGUUCAAUGACACACGUAUACGUACACGAUAUUAGUCCCACUUCGCUUCAGCCUAAGAUUACUCCUCGCCUUACAGAAUAAUCCGUAAGAAAAGCGUACCGCGCUGGUGGAGAACACCGCAAAUAUUAUUGAUAAAAGAAAAUAUGCACUCCGUCAUCCUUAUUGUUUCUUUCCAAGAAAAAAGAUGAAGAUUUUAAUAAUAAAUUCAUGCCGUGAUUCAAAUAAGAGUUUUAAGUAUUAACGAAUCCUUAUUUUCAUCUGUCAUGAGAUAAAUUAUUACCUCGAAGGGAGGACUUUAUACCGAAGAUUAGGCAAUGAUCUGAUUGAUUGAAAGGAGAGAAUUGCAUCCAGUCUGAGACGUUAUAAUCUAGCGUUACUCGUCGAUGUUGAUGCGAGGCUGUAAUUCGCGAUUUCAAAAAUCACGAUCAUGUAAUCAACGAUCAGCAAGUUACGAUAUAAUUUAGCCUGUAAGAUUGUACAAGCGUUUCCAAGUUGCGUAGCGCAUUCUGAUAUUCUCAGGCCAGUAUAUUUUCUUUUAUACUCGCGAUAAACGACUCAAUAAUGUAUUCCUCCAGUCGGUACUAUUACCUUUCUUUUCAAACUCACAGAUUAUACUCAUUUCGUUUCUCUGGGCGAUCUGUACGCGAGUGCAGUCAUUUGUGAUCUCCUAUCUUUUUGCUGUAUACGUUAUGCGAGAGCGUUUACGUUCAGAGUAUGUAUGUAUGUAGCCUACAUUUAUACACGACUGUAAUAAUCCAAACGAGAUACGUUUGCGUAGAGUAUUUACUCGCUUCGUAGAGACGCAUUGCGUGCGCGACAUUGAUCGAUUCGCGAGAAGAAAGGAAAGGUAGAGUAUAGAGCGGACCUAAAAUUUUCGCUAUGUGUUGAAUUCAAAUGCUGAAAGAGAGAGAGAAAGGAAGGAAAAACGAGAAAACAUGAUCGAUGAAGGAAUAAAUAAAGGGGCAUUGUUACAAGUUACACGGGCUAAUAGCUAAAAUGUUUCCAUGUGUUUAUGUGGUGUAUAUUGAAUGUCCAUUGAAUGUGUGCUUGCAUACAUGCAUGCGUGCGUGCGUGCGUGCGCGUGCGUGUAUUUCUAAACGUUAUACAAUUGAUAAAUUUGAUUGAAAUCUAAGGCUUUUUUUAAAGCCGACUAAUUCGUGCCCUAUCACGCUUUCGCGAGAACUACUCGCGGUCCCGUUAAGGUGUAAGAUGCUGACAAUAAUUUAGAUAGACAAUGUUAACAUAUAAUAGAUAUGUGAGUCCUGUUACUUGCAUUUAUGUUACUCGUUGGAAGCUGGAAGAGAAUGGAGCGCAAGAGACCGAUGAUGCGUCCUGGGGAUGUGGAGGUGUUUAUUAGAAAUCGAUGACGAACCGUCGCGAAACUUCCGCGUACUCCGAUUUGAGUACUCGAUGUUUUACUGCCAAAGUGUUCAGGUGGCGAUGAGAUUGAUCCAUUAAUAUCCUUUCUAGUUGAGUUUCCCAAUAGUCUUGCGUUUUAGGAGAUAAUUUCGCUGAUCUUCUCUUUUUUUAUUAUACUUAUUGACAAUUAUUCUCUUUGUCUCUCUACGUGCAAUAUAUUUUUUUUUAUUUAAUUGACGCUUACGAGUGUCGAUAGUUAACUAGUCCUAGCAAGUUUUUAGAAAUUACAUUGUGUCGUUAAAUCAACAUUUGUUGAUAAGGAAGAUCGGCGAAAUCCAUGUCAUGAGUUUCGGUGAUUAGCGCUUUUAGUGUAUUAGUUUACAAAGUACAAAAAAAAAACGAAUAGACAACUAACGAUCUCUACGAUGAAAGUAAUUCCAAAAUAUAAAUUAAAUAUAAAAGAGAGGAGAAAGAAGAUAGAGAAGUGCGUGUGAGAUAAUUAGAAGGGAGCGUGUUUGCUUUUUCUUGGGGAUAAUCGUAGAUGGGUGAGUGAUCUCGGGAGUGGCGAUUUUGCGCAUCGCGCACGAAAGUUAAUUAAAAGCGUCAAUCGAUAUAAAAUAAGAUAAUAUUUAUUAUUUCAAGAAAUACAGAUAAUAUAUGCCUUUCCUCAAUGCCACUGACGAUAUACAUUCCUUGCACCGCGUCUCGCUAGGACACUGAACGUUCUUCUCGCUUCCUCUUUUUCCCCUUCCUCAGACGGCUCCUGUUUUUCUUCUCGCUCCGUGGGCAAUCGGCCAGCGAUCCUCGGCGAACCGGAAAUGAGCAAGUUUAUUGCUGAGUAAAAAGUACAGGUUUAUCUGCGAGCAUUUUUUUGCGUCCUAGCGGUUUUUUCUUUCCUUUCACACUUUCUUGAAACCUCGCGUUCUUCCUUCUCGUUUUAUCCCUACGUCGUCCUGCGAUUCUUACUCUCGAUCAAGCGUAAUACGAUUAACUCGAACAUCGGAAAACAUGUAUGAGGCGCAUAAAAAACUUUACCGUAAAAUGGGAGAAGUUUGUGCCGACGGAAGCGCAGAAGAAUCCCGGAAUUUCUUUCGAAAGUACACAAUUGAAUCAUGGUUCACUUUUGAUCCGCAAAAUUAUAAUCCUUAAAGUACUGUGAUAAAAGAUAUCCUUUUGGUAUCGUCGUGAAUUUAUCGAUUUAUUUAUUUCGCGCGAUCAAUUUUCUAUUAUUUAUUUAACUUAGUUCAAAAAUGUUUAAGAACUUAUAUAUAUAUUUUCAAGUUUCUACAAAAAUGUAUUUUGAAAAAAUGUAUUAUUUAAUUACCUUUGAAAUUUUUAAAAACUUUCAUUGAUAGAAAUCAGUCGCGCACAUGAUUCAUGAUGGUACCUUAAGGGUCAAUUUGAACAUUAUUAUUUUCGGUUCGAAAUUACUAUUGCGUACAUCCAAUUGGAUAACAAAAGUGCGACAUGAAUUGUGAGAUGAAAAAAAGAAUGAAAUUUAUAGAUUACUUUUUUCGCGUUAAAGGAUCUGACGCAGAAAGCUACCCCCGUCAAUGCGCUCUCGUCACAUUCGCGGUGGUCGCCGUCUUCGUCGUGGGGAGGGAGAUGAAAGUCAGGUUCCGUUUCCGCCGGAUGAUGUAUGUCACUGAUAUGUUACCCCCGAUCGUUCUAAUUUAACAUUCGACUCGCCUACACUUGUAACAUUAAACGAGAUAACACUUAUUAAUCUCCCUUAAACUUUACACGAUUACAGUUUCGCAUUUGCUUAGCUCCUAGAGAUCCGUAACAAAAACAUCAACGGUCUGCAAAUCGGGAGACGAUUACGAUUGCCGCUAACACAAUCAGGGAAGGUGUCCUAAACGUCUAAAAUCCUAAACGUCUCGUAAACGGGCGACACUUCCGCACAAAUGACCGCAUCCUUGCCUUUCUUAGUCUCAAAAAAAAAAAA